AUGUCUUUGCCGCAGAGGCCGGGCAAGGCCUCGCCGAGGCGCGAUGAGCGCAGUGCCUUCCGCGAGGGCUCGCGCCGUCAUCGUCGCCGAGACAUCGAGGCCGGCGCCUACACCGACGAUCCACAAAGAUCCCCCUCUUCACAUCGCCGACACCGCCGACACUCGCACAGCCACAGGAGGGGUGCCGACACAGACGAGGAGCGUAUGGAGAGAGGAGGGGACGUGAAACGCAAGAAGAAUCUGGUCAAGCCGGAACGACGCCAUGUGGACCGUGAACACCGCGAUUACCACUACCGUCAACGAUCGCAACAAAUGCCUACGUAUCCAUCUGCAACCGGAAACGACCCGUUACUCGAUCGCGACGGUGAGGCGGAGACUAAUAGCUCGCGUAGCAUGGAUAUGAAGACAAAAGAAGAUCUUUAUGGAAAUAUCAACAAACCGAUGGACCGGGCGCCCAGUCGCCAUCGCUCAAAAAAGAAGAAGAGAUCCUCCUCUCGGCGAGUCUCGAAGAGCGCAUCAGCGCAAGAGAAAGAGCGGCAGAAGGCUUUGGAAGCGGCACGGCCACCAGAUCUUUGGACAACUUACUGUGCACUCGUCAGUUGUCUGGUGCCGGACUUUGUGCUCAAAUGCUUCGGCAUGCCACAAAAGGAACAGCGCACUGCUUGGCGAGAGAAGAUCGGCUUGAUCAGUAUUAUUUUGAUGAUCGCUGCAUUUGUCGGUUUCCUAACUUUCGGUUUCACGGCCACGGUAUGCGGUACGCCCCCGGUGCGUUUGAAGGUGAACGAGGUUAGCUCCGGCUAUAUGAUUUUUCAUGGAAUGGCAUACGACUUGAUGGGUACUAAGCACCCUGCAGCAGAGGGUAUUCCUGCCGGUACCAACGUGCUGUACGAUCUGCCUCAUAAGUACGGCGGUCAAGAUGGCAGCUUCAUGUUCCAGCAGGUCAACGGCGCAUGCAAGGGCCUGAUUACUGCGGUUGAUGGCGGUGGUGUUCCGACUAACUCCAAGGGAGAUCUCGGAUGGUAUUUCCCCUGCAAUGCCUUCAACCAAGACGGCUCAUCAGAACCCAAUUUAACGACCCCGUACUAUCUGGGUUGGGCCUGUCACACCAGCGCAGCUGCACGAAACCCUUUCUAUUCGCUGCAUAGCUCUGGAGAUGUCUAUUAUACCUGGGAAGACACCAGGAACAAAAGCCGCAAUCUGGCUGUGUACUCGGGCAACGUCUUGGAUCUCGACCUCUUGCGCUGGUUCAAUACGUCCCAGGUGUCAUACCCUGCUCAAUUCGAUCAGCUGCGCGAGAACCCUGCUGUUCGAGGUGUUGAUCUCACCUAUUAUCUGCAAAGCGGCGAUCAGAAGCAGAUUGGCAAAUGCUUGGAACAGAUCAUCAAAGUGGGCAGCAUCGAUACUGACACUGUGGGAUGCAUUGCGUCCAGGGUGGUACUUUAUGUCGCUCUGAUCUUCAUUCUGUCCAUUGUUGUCCUCAAAUUUGGUUUCGCCUUGCUCUUCCAGUGGUUCCUGGCGCCUAAAUUCGCAGCUCAAAAGACUAGCAUGAGCUCUGACGCCAGGACCCGCCAUCAGCAGAUUGAAGACUGGUCCAACGAUAUCUACCGACCUGGACCUCGUGUCGCUGAUCCUCCGGUUCCUUCGGUCAGCAAGCGUGCCAGUUUCCUACCCACGACCUCUCGCUUCUCCAGCCCAUACAACGUAAACAGCCCAAGCGGAAAACAGACCUCGCAAUUUGUCACCAUGGCUAGCCAAAACUCGACUUCUCGACUCAUGCCCAGCUCCACCACCACUGGAACUAUGUACAAGAUGAGCCAUAACGGCAGCGGCGGUACUCUCAGUGCUGAUCCUCGUGGUAACCCUGCCGCAAGUCGCACGAGCUUGGUCCCUGGACAGCACGAUCCCGGUUUCUCCACGAUUGUUUCCGAGUCGGAGGGACCUGGUCCUGCCGGAUUCAUCCACGAAGCUGUUGUCCCGCAACCUCCACCCGAAUGGCAACCUUUCGGCUACCCAUUGGCACAUUCGCUCUGUCUGGUAACAUGUUACUCUGAAGGUGAAGAUGGCAUUCGAUCGACUCUCGACUCUAUUGCCAUGACCGAUUACCCCAACAGCCACAAGACCAUUCUGGUUAUCUGCGACGGUAUCAUCAAGGGCAAAGGAGAAGAAUUCUCAACCCCUGACAUAGUUCUUGGCAUGAUGAGAGAGCAUGUUAUUCCUCCCGAGGAUGUCCAGCCUUUCUCCUAUGUCGCUGUGGCUAGUGGCUCGAAGCGUCACAACAUGUCCAAGGUGUACACUGGAUUCUACGACUACGGUGAGACCUCGGUCAUCCCGCCGGACAGGCAACAGCGUGUCCCCAUGAUGGUGAUUGUCAAAUGCGGCACUCCUGCCGAGUCGACUCUGUCUAAGCCUGGUAACCGAGGCAAGCGGGACAGUCAGAUCAUCCUCAUGUCAUUUUUGCAGAAGGUUAUGUUCGAUGAGCGCAUGACAGAGCUCGAGUUCGAGAUGUUCAACGGAUUUUGGAAUGUCACGGGCAUCCCCCCGGACUUCUACGAGGUAGUUCUAAUGGUUGAUGCCGAUACGAAGGUAUUCCCGGAUAGUUUGACACACAUGGUUUCGGCUAUGGUCAAGGACCCGGAGAUUAUGGGCCUGUGUGGAGAGACGAAGAUUGCCAACAAGACGGACAGUUGGGUGACAAUGAUCCAAGUAUUCGAAUAUUUCAUUUCCCACCACCAAGCCAAGUCCUUUGAGUCCGUGUUCGGUGGUGUCACUUGUCUUCCAGGCUGUUUCACCAUGUACCGCAUCAAAGCUCCCAAGGGCGGCCAGAACUACUGGGUGCCCAUCUUGGCUAACCCUGACAUCGUCGAGCAUUACUCCGAAAACGUGGUCGAUACCUUGCACAAGAAGAACCUCUUACUUCUCGGCGAGGAUCGGUAUCUGACAACCCUGAUGCUCAAGACCUUCCCCAAGCGCAAACAGAUCUUCGUGCCCCAGGCCGUCUGCAAGACAGUCGUUCCCGACAAAUUCAUGGUCCUGCUGUCCCAGCGACGUCGCUGGAUCAACAGUACUGUGCACAAUCUGCUAGAACUAGUCCUGGUGCGUGAUCUGUGCGGUACUUUCUGCUUCAGCAUGCAAUUCGUCAUCUUCAUCGAACUUAUUGGUACCCUCGUCCUACCCGCCGCCAUUGCCUUCACAGUCUACGUUGUGGUUGAAUCCAUCAUCCGCAAGCCAGUGCAGAUCAUUCCUCUCGUCCUCCUAGCCCUUAUUCUCGGUCUACCCGGAGUUUUGAUCGUCGUAACAGCCCACCGCCUCGUCUACGUCCUCUGGAUGCUAAUUUAUAUCCUCUCCCUGCCAAUCUGGAAUUUCGUUCUCCCAACCUACGCAUUCUGGAAAUUCGACGACUUCAGCUGGGGCGAUACGCGCAAGACAGCCGGUGAAAAAGACAAAGGCCACGGCGACACCGAGGGCGAGUUCGACAGCUCAAAGAUCACCAUGAAGCGGUGGCGCGAUUUCGAAAAAGAACGCCGUCUUCGCAACACCCCCUGGGCUCAGCCUCAAAAUGGCUACUCCCAUUACGAGAUGUACUCCGACUAUUAA